CCUCAACUCUGCCUCUCACCCCAGCGCACUAAGUCUUCUACAGAGGAGUAAUAAUGGACUCUGAUCGCCACUCCUCUCAGACAAACCUCGAAAAGUACGCCUCCGCAAUCCAUAUCAACUCUGUGAGCUACUACUCGCCAUCGCUAACAACGCAUCCAGGCGCCACCAAGCUCAAGCCCCUGCUGCUUCUCCGCUGCACUAUGAGUCGCGGCCCCCUCUUAGGCCCGAAGAUCGGGUGUAAGUCAUUCUCGAGACAUGCUCUGGUCGGAUCCUGGGAAAUUGACAUUGAGCUUUCUUGCAAUGUCCAUAGUCCCGGGGCGCCGAUUCUCAGCGUGAAACUCUCAACCGACGGGCCUGAGCCCAUCGAGCUGCGAAAUGUUGACCCGUCCAGCUAUCACGGGCACCGCGUUGAUGUUAACGUGACGGUCACCUACCACGGUGUCAACGAGAACGGCAACGAAAGGCUGGAAGAAGCGCCGCCAAUUAUCUUCCACACGUACGCAAUAACAGAUCCGACCGUAGCCAUGUCGUGUUACCGCCAGAGAAACGACAACGAAUGGGAGGAGGUCGAGUCUGAAGAGGGUUGUCUGGGCUACGUAGAUUUCCCCAAUCAACGCGUGCAUGUCGGUGACCACGAGGACUUUGUCAGUUUAAAGGCCGGCGAGAGCUGGACGACUGUCUAUGCAGUGGCUGAUAUCAGUUAUGCGUUUCCCACCGACGUGGUAUCAGGGGAUCAGUUUCGGUUUCGGUUUGAUGGAUGCAGACUGGACUGGUGGGACUGGGGCAGUGUUGAAGACCACGUUGAUACUGUGGUGUCCUUGCCCUCAUUCGGGACGUAUGUUUGUGACCCGCGCGACAACGGGGGGAGGCCGGAAGUCGUGAUUCCAGCCUCGAAUGAUAUUCACUUUACAUAUGUAGCCUAGGUACAGUGACUGAGCCCUACGGUAACCUGCGGGGUCCUGGAUUACAUGCUGUUGUGGGGGGCUAGAGAGCAUUCAGAGACGAAUUUCGUUGUUGUUGCGGGGCCGAGUCGGGGCACGGCGUCGCUGGCGCGCGAGGCGCUUGUUGCCAUGUGUGAGUCUUAGAGCAGAAAUCCUGUCUUGGCAUUGUGGGAGUCUUCCCUGUCUCUCAACUUGCCUUGCUUCUUUCUCUCUUCCGCCCACCUCUCCCACCUUCCUCCGUCCAAGCCCGCGUCUAUCCCUGACCCCUCCUGGCUAUCUCCAUAGGUAUGAUCCACGCGGUGCGUAAAGCCCUCCGCAAGCGAAACUGUUGCAUGUUCGGCCUCGGAACCGAUGGCUGCGAUUUCUACUUCUUAGGCGUCGACAACGACUCGUUGUACUCGUACCGUCUUCUCGAGUGGUGGACGUUUGACGACAAGAAAGAUAUCGUCAGCCUCCUUGGCAAGAUCAUGCGCGAAGCGGCGGUGUUGGUUCCUACGGGGGAUAGAUAUAAAGGAGCAGGGUCAGACCUGGAGGAGGAGGAUCAAUAAACCUCUUGCAGAUUGGAGUGUGGUCUUUGGGUUUUGGUGGGUCGGUAUGUUUUCGCUACGGAAUUAUCUAGAUUAGAGGGGGUAUGUGGGACAAGCUGAGGUCCGCGGACUGAGAAGUAGUUGGAUAGAAGACCGGUCACGUCUCUACUUUGUCCGUGUUGUUGUGAGGUCAGGGUGGCAUACGACUCACCCUAAGCGUUGUUGUGCUUUGCGAGGCGUUCAGUCUUUUCUGCCUUUUUAGAUAGUAGCCAUGUGCUCAAGCCUGGAUGUCUGGCUUGUCUUCGAUAGCGAGAGAGAAUGACGUCACCCAUCAUUGGUUAUCCA